AUGAUGAAACCAGCAACCUUCCUCGGGUUAUUUCUUGUGUUACUUUUCUCUGCAAACGUUGGUGCAAACCCAACUUGGUGGCCUGUUCCUUCUGGUGGCGUUACUAGUGGUGGUUGUUGUGGUGGUGGCAGUAGUGGUGGUAGCAGUAGUGGUGGUAGCAGUAGUGGUGGUAGCAGUAGUGGUGGUGUGGGAAGCCCAGUCAUUAAUGGCAGUUGGACUGAUUGGGGUCGAUGGAGUCAGUGCAGCCAACUCUGUAAUACUGGCACACAACACCGCACACGAAGUUGUACAGAUCCACCUCCCAGUGGUGGUGGUAGUGAUUGUUCUGGGCAACCUAAAGAAACCAAACUCUGCAACACAUACAAAUGCUCGGAGGUCUGCGUGAACCUGAAACCAUGUCAUCACAUUUGCACCGACUUGAACAAUGGGGGCUACAUCUGCAGCUGCAAUCCUUGUUAUACCCCAUCAGGAGGAACAUGUAAUUUGGAGCAGUGUAAAAUAAACAACAAAUGUUAUCCUUUCAAAUACAUCAAUCCAGGCAAUCCCUGUCAGAAAUGUGAUAGUUCCAGAAAGACAUCAUGGACAAACGAUAAUGCCUUGUCAUGCGAUGAUGGCAAUGCAUGCACCAAAAAUGAUCGCUGCUCUGCUGGAAAAUGCAUUGGUACACCAUUCAACUGCUUGUCGCCUUGUGAAGAGUGUUACAAUGAUGUCUGCCGAACGAAAUCAGGAUACUGCGUAAUCUUUGAAAGAGGGACGAAAACAUGUGUUAGCGAUGGAAAUUCAAGGUCGGGGCGUCCAUGUCAGAAAUGUGACACCAGUAAAAGCGUAAGCACUUGGUCCGAUAAUGAUGGGGCAGCUUGCGAUGAUGGUAACAUAUGUACUCGACGUGACAAGUGUAGCAAUGGCCAAUGUAAGGGUACACCUCUCACCUGUAACUCCAUAUGUCAGAACUGUAAUGGGAACAGUUGUGGUCUGAAAACUGGGUAUGGAUUUUCCAACGGCAAAUGCAAAUGUAAAAUCAACGGCCGCGACUAUGACCAUCACAUCCUUAAUCCAUCAAACCCGUGCGAGUGGUGUGAUCUGUUAGAUGUGACAGCCCGUGCUAGCAGCACAUGGUCUAAUCGCAACGGCGCUUAUUGUGACGACAAAGACAAGUGUACCAAAAGGGACGUGUGUAACGCAGGAAGUUGCAAAGGACAGAGUUACAGCUGCCAAUCGUCUUACCCAUCCUCAAGCUGCAUUAGAACAUCUGAAUGUGUUGGAGAUGGUAGUUGUAGAGAUAUCAUGAGGACAAAAGGGACAGUAUGUCGAUCUGCUAAUGACAUGUGUGAUCAAACAGAAAA